AUGGCCACAACGAGUACUCCACACUUCAAACAGGGUGACCGGGUCUCAAUACCAAAAGCUGGUGCAGGUCAUGUGGCUUUCGUCGGCUCCACCGAAUUUGCUAACGGCACCUGGGUAGGCAUCAUUCUCGAUAAUCCUACCGGAAAAAACGACGGAUCCGUCGAUGGUAAACGCUACUUCACCUGUCGUUCUGCAUCGGGCGUCUUCGUCAGGCCUAGUCAAGUCACUCUCUUGAGUGAUACUAGUACUAAAUCUAAAUCAACUACAUCCCGUCUCUCUACUAUCCUAACACCCGGAGCUUCUGCCCUCAGUCGACCCCAAUCAAGCAACUCUAACAUCUCCACUACAAGAUCCUUAGCAGGAACCUCCACUCGCAUUAACUCCAAGGCUACCAACCUACCCAACUUCAAGUCACCCCCUCCAAUAACUCGUUCUUCAACCCUAGGUCCAAUGUCUCCCCCAAAUCGAAACCCUCGAACGCUUCUGAAAACCAGUGCUGAAAGUUCCUCCAGGGCUAGCCGGAGCACAAUGGCAUCUGUCAACAAUUCUGUCUCCGGUAGUCCAAGCGUAAGUAGAAGAGGCAGUACCACUAGCGUCUCGCGUCCAGACGCUCUCGCCUACGCUCCUAAAAUGACUCAAUCAACCAGUUUCAAGGGGCGGCAACUCACCCUGGGCGCAGCCUCCAAGAAAAUCGUUCCUCCUAGCUCUCGAUCACCCGAGCACAUGUUCAGCAGUCAUGCCAAGCCACCCGACUCUCUAGCCAAUCUGAUUGGACUCACUUCCAACACAGGUACAUCCGACCAAGCUCGCUCUGAUGAUCUAUCACUUUUCGAGGAAGACCCUAUGCAAGACUUGGGGGACGUGGACGGCUUAGAUCUAGAUGAAGCAACUCCAGUCAAACGAGCUGUCAACCCGCUACAGCCGCCCCUUGAUCCCAAAUCGAGCCCCCAAAUCAGCUCUCAAAAUCCUAGUACUACCACACCCGUCGAUCAUUUAUCUCUGACCUCAACACAGAAGCCCCCCGACGCAAUUCACAAGACACCUGUUCGGUCAACGCUUGAUGCCGGCUCUGGAUCCCCUUACCCCAACACGGUCCCAUCACGCGUCCAUGAAGAAUUAUUAACGAAAUACAAACUCAUGGAGGCUAGACGCAAUGAAGACAAAGAAAAACUCAGAGAACUAGAGAAGCUUAAGGAAGAUAACGAAAAUUGGUCGACUGUGAUCAAGCCGAAGAUGCAGGCUAAAGUUAAUGAAUGUCUGGAAGAAAUCAAAUCUCUGAAGAAAUUGAAUAAAGACCUGGAAGUUUCUCGACAUGAAGCGGAAAAUCGCCUGGCCGACUUUUCGGAUGAAGUUGAGUUAGCAACAUUAGACAAAGAGAUGGCAGAGGAGAGACUGGACCAGACCGAAUCGUUGCUAGUCGGCAUGAAAGACGAAUUAGAAACGCUCAAAGUCGAGCUCGUUUCGUUGCAAGAAAUCCAAGCUCGGAUCGAAUCCGGUGGGUCCGAGGAAUCAGACCAAUCGACCACACUGAAAGUCAUCCAGCUGGAAAAACAAAACUCGCGUCUCAAGGAGGCUUUGGCACGGAUGCGAGACCUGUCUCAAGAAGCAGAGCAAGCCAGUCGGAAACGAAUAACCGACUUAGAACAAGAAUUGGAUUUAUCCGCCGAGUUGCAAGGCGAAUAUAGCGUCCUGUUGAGCCAAUUAGAAACGGCUGAAAGUCAAGUAGAAGAAUUAAAGCAACAGCUGGAUGCUUCGAUGGGAGUCGAAGAUAUGCUCGAGCAAUUGACGGAACGAAACCUGACUCUCAACGAGAAAAUCGAAGACAUGAAGAUGAUCAUAGAGGAUUUGGAGGCUUUGAAAGAACUGGCCGAUGAGCUAGAGGAAAACCAUGUCGAAACAGAAAAACAGAUGCAAGAAGAAAUUGACUUCAAAGAUCUGCAGUUGCGCGAGCACAAAAGGCGCAAUGAAUCUUUGGAAGAAUCUGUCGCGGAUUACGAGAACACAAUAUUGCAAUUCCGAGAGCUGGUUUUGAGCUUACAAACUGAUCUCGAUGCUAUGCGUGAGCGACAACAGAUCCAACACAAUGAGUCGCAAACAUUAGCCAGUCAAACGCAGGCGAUGUUGAAUCUGAACCGCAAGCUACAGAACUCGAGCGUGAAGGGGCAAGUGAAGGCGAUAGAUCUGGAGUUGCGCAAGUUGGAAUCCACCCAGGCAAUGCUCCAAUGUAGCAUAAUGAAGCCAUACCUACUCCCCGCUUAUUAUGAAGGAGAUCAUGACGCCGUGGAGUCGCUCAUGUUUUUCACCCGCUUGGCGGCCAAGACGGAUCUCGUGUCCUCAGUGAUCGAACAGACCAACAACAUCAGUGAGAUCUCGAAUGGGACUGUGACCGAAGUCAUCCUCGUUGCUUGUGAUACUCGAUCGAAGUUGGCCCGGCUCUCGGCGCUUUCCAAUCGCUUUGCCGCAUUCAUUCGCUCUUGCCCGCCCGAAAGCUUCAUCAAGAUGGGCGGCGUUUACCAGGAAUUGAUGGCUGCAGAAAAAAAGAUGGACGGGUUUAUUGAUGCUUGUAAGAGGGAAGAACUCAAGGAAGGUGAUGUUGGGAAAGAAAUUGAAAGGUUUUUGCCACAGAUGCGCCAUCUGGCAGAGAUAUACAUGCCCGAUUCUGACUACGAUGUGGCCGAGCUUCAGUACGGGGAUAUUUAUACCCUCGAUGUCGACUUGGAUUCGAUCUUAGUUUGUAUCGCGUUUGCCAAGCAAACCAUUGCCGCGCUGAAACAAGAUGGCCAGAUCGAUCCUAAUGCGGAUUUAUCUGACAUAGUAUUCCGUCCACUCCAAAAUCUACUUGGGCAAGCACGCACGGCCAAGGUGAUAUCCAAGAAGUUGCUGCGCCGGUUGCAGGACCUGAUGCGCCAGUCUUGUUCACUGAACCCGAACCAUUCGAAUGCUAUGACGGUCCUAAAAGACAACACAUACGACCUCGCUAACGUCUCUUCACGCUUGGCAGAUCUGGUGGGACGGUAUUGCUCGGAGCUCGUCUCAUCCAAGGAAAUCUUUCAGUUGGAUACUUACAAUGACAUUCUUCAAGAAGCCACGCGUGACAUCGUCAAACACACCGGAAGACCUCUGGAAGAGUUUUUCACUCUACUUAGUCAUUUGGCACGUGACCUGGGGAUAACCCUUGGUGUAGCAACUGAUCCCGAGCAUGUCGCGAGAAAUACUUACGAACAUCCCUGGGUCGCAAGGGUCGCCGAGAUGAAAUCUUCUGCGGCGAUGAAUGUUGACGCAGAGUUGAAAGUCCUGAAACUCAGUGAGGAAAUUCGCGAGCUUGUUAAGGAUACUCGAGCCAAGGAUCAUUCUUUACAAGAAAGUCAAGUGAAAAUCCAGGUGAUGGAGAAGAGAAUGGAAGCGGUUAAGAAACAAGCUGAUGCGAUGUCCGAGCUUGAGUCCCGUCUCAAGAAAGCAGAAAAAGAAGUGAAACAAUACGAAGAGCUUAACGAAUCCAUGCAGAACGAAUACGAGAAGAUGGCGGAGCAAAACAAAGAGUUGAAGAUCCAACUAGUAGCGCUGGGAACUGAUGAAUCCAGGAAUAGCAAGAACGCAGCGGCCACUGCCCCUGCACCCCUCGCGGGUAUCUCGGGGCACGAUUUCUAUGUCCCUUAUGAGGGGAAUCUGGAGACCACGCAACUAGUGGAACAGGUUGAGUCACUCAGGGGCGCGACCCGAUUCUUACGAGCCGAGAACUCUUACCUUAAGUCCCAGAGUCUGCUUAAACAGCUCAAUGCCCUACCGUCGUAUAGCGUCCUACCGCCCACCUUCCCGCCGGUCUUACCAGGCGAUGCGGACGGCAACCCGUCUUCGCCUGGCCCUGGCCAGACGACACAGGAGGACGAGCUCCCCACGGCGAGCCCAGCCAAUCCGACCGACCAGCUUCGCAAGUUCGCGGAAGAGUCGAAGCGGCUCUAUCGCGAGGCGCUCGCCAUCUCCGCGAGCCCCCGCGUCGUCGACCUUUCUAUCGUCAAACGCCCCGUCCUCCUCCAUCCUUCCUCUUCCGCUACUCCCGGUCUGGAACAACCUGAUAAACGCUCUGCUGCGACUAAGGUGUGGCAGUUCAAGGAACGCUUGCCCCAGGUCCAGGUCGCUAAACGGAGAGAAGAGAUUGAAAAAUUGCGCGCUAAGAUCGAAGCAUUUAAGCAACGGACUCACCAAAUCACCUUCUAG